GCUGGGUGCCGGCUCCCUCGCCCACCGGGAAAGUGGGUUACGGAGGCAAGAGGCUCAGCUCAGACGCUGGCAAAGGAGCAUCCAGCCACAGAGAGACCACAGAGCACCUUCUUUUUGGCCGCCUUCUCUUCAUCUUUUCUAGAGGGUUUUAUAUUUUGUACUCUCUCCUUUCAAAUUUUGUUUCUUUGACUUUUCCCCACCUCUGCUCGGGUUUUUGAGGGCUUUGUUGAGUCUUAGAGGCAAAAGAGACUGAGCGAGGGAAAGAGAGAGGCAAAGUGGAAAGGACCACAAAUUGGCAAAGCCUGUUACGCCUUUGCCGUGGAUGAAAGCCCUCCGUUUGUAAAGCCCUCUCGGCGAGCAGCAGGCCCACGCACAUCCUCCAGAGUAGCCCGCGACCCGCACCUCGGCGUGGCCACCAUGGUCGCCAGAGUUCAGCCUGAUCGGAAACAGUUGCCGCUGGUCCUACUGAGAUUGCUCUGCCUUCUUCCCACAGGACUGCCCGUUCGCAGCGUGGAUUUUAACCGAGGCACCGACAACAUCACCGUGAGGCAGGGGGACACGGCCAUCCUCAGGUGUGUUGUAGAAGAUAAGAACUCGAAAGUGGCCUGGUUGAACCGUUCUGGCAUCAUUUUUGCUGGGCAUGACAAGUGGUCUCUGGACCCCCGGGUUGAGCUGGAGAAACGCCAUUCUCUGGAAUACAGCCUCCGAAUCCAGAAGGUGGAUGUCUACGAUGAGGGUUCCUACACUUGCUCAGUGCAGACACAACAUGAGCCCAAGACCUCCCAAGUUUACUUGAUCGUGCAAGUUCCACCAAAGAUCUCCAACAUUUCCUCGGAUGUCACUGUGAAUGAGGGCAGCAACGUGACCCUGGUCUGCAUGGCCAAUGGCCGUCCUGAACCUGUUAUCACCUGGAGACACCUUACACCAACUGGAAGAGAAUUUGAAGGAGAAGAAGAAUAUCUGGAGAUCCUUGGCAUCACCAGGGAGCAGUCAGGCAAAUAUGAGUGCAAAGCUGCCAAUGAGGUCUCCUCGGCGGAUGUCAAACAAGUCAAGGUCACUGUGAACUAUCCUCCCACUAUCACAGAAUCCAAGAGCAACGAAGCCACCACCGGGCGGAAAGCUUCUCUCAAAUGUGAGGCCUCGGCAGUGCCUGCACCUGACUUUGAGUGGUACCGGGACGACACCAGGAUAAACAGUGCCAAUGGCCUUGAGAUUAAGAGCACGGAGGGCCAGUCCUCCCUGACGGUGACCAACGUCACUGAAGAGCACUAUGGCAACUACACCUGCGUGGCUGCCAACAAUCUGGGGGUCACCAACGCCAGCCUCGUACUUUUCAGACCUGGGUCGGUGAGAGGAAUAAACGGAUCCAUCAGUCUGGCCGUACCACUGUGGCUGCUGGCAGCAUCUCUGCUCUGCCUUCUCAGCAAAUGUUAACAGAAUAAAAGUUUAAAAAGAAUAAUAAAAAAAAAACCACACACAAAUGCGUCACACAGGAUACAGAGCGAGAGAGAGAGAGAGCGAGAUGGGGGGAGACCAUUUAUUUCACAACUUUGUGUGUUAAUAAAUGAAAGGGAAAAUAAGAAAAUGAAGAAGAAAAUACAACAUUUAAAACAAUUUUUAAAAUCCAUCAAUAAAAAUAGACAUAUAAUUCAGGGUGGGAAAAGUUCUACCAAGAAAUGUGUAUAUCUAAGCAAAUGUAUACUGUGUAAAGACUCCAUCAUGGUAAAGAGAUCCAAUGUUGUAAAAAUAAGACAAGUGAAGAAGUACCAGAUGGAUAUUAACCCUCCACCACCACACACACACACACACACACACGCACACACACACACACUUGAUCCUUCCUUCAUCUUUUUUCAUUUGUGGGGAAAGAAAAAAUACUGUCUUGCAGGUCUUGCCUUUGGUGUUUAUACUUCCAUCAUCAUUUUAUUCUGAUUUUUAUUUGAGCUGACUCAUAGCCAUUCAGACUAUCAAUGGAGUCCUGCCUUGAGCCUUACCUGGCUUUCCUGCCUCCACUCUCUCUCCAACUUUUAAGACCAUCUCCUUUCCCUUCAGUGUGUUCUAUCUCCCCCACAUCUGUCCGGGAUAUGCCCCCUUUAUCCUCCCCCCACCACUUCCUUUCACUCCCCCCCGCCCGCCCCACCAGCACUAGUCACGCCGCAGAUGCUAGGAAGUGCCAUUUUAAUUCUCUCCACUGCGCGCGCGUGCUGUCUCUCGCUCUCAACGUGGGUGUACGUGUGUGUGAGCGUGUGCGCCUCUCUCUAAAGCAUGCCGAGGGAAUGGUCCAUGUGUACAUAGACUCAUUGUGCUGUAGAUACUGUCGCUCAUCGUAAUCUUGAGAUGCGGCUGUGACAAGGGGCUGGGGCCGUGGUGUGAAGGAGGCCAGGGGCAGAGCCACUCCCCCAUCCACGGCUGUCACAGGACCUGUGUGUAUCAGCCCAAGCUGGGUCCCGCCUCCGGGCAGAACCUCAUCUUCCUCCCAGUGCAGUUGUCAGAACCCAGUCCAGAGUCACUCAGAUUAUCACUGUCAGUGAAAGUGCCUACUAUUAUUGAUGGGGUGAGCAAACAGCAGAAAGAAUCAGUGAUGCGUAUGAGGUGACCUAAGAGAGAAGGUUUACCGACUUCACUCUUGUUUCCCGCGUCUGAGGGAUUCAUGUAUUUCCUGGCUUUUUGCAGACUUGGUCCUGCUCUGCCGCAGGAAUGAGUAGCAUGUGUGGAGCAAAUUCCCAGAAGCAGGAAGGUCUCCAAGUGUUAAGUCCUAACGAAAGGAUGAAGAGCCACGUGGAGAUCCUAAGCAGCCUUGGUUUGCCCCCUCUCCAAUCGUUAAAUAACACUGCAUUUGCCCCAUGGAUUUCCCUGAGCAGAGAUUUCCCUAUUUCAGAUAAAAUACAGUGAGCGUGAGCAAGGCAGAAGUACAGAUGCCCAGGUCCCUACUCAUACGGUAGAAAUACUAUCACAGCCCCAAUACAAAGCACUAGCCAUAACAAAAAGGAACCCCCUCCUUGUGCUCCUUUGCAGCUCUCUGUCCUGGUGUUUUAGGCUAAUACUUUAUUUGGUGGCCCACAUCCACUGGUGGCCUCUCAUCCACUGAUGGUGUUUGCAGCACCACUGUUCAUAGUAUUCCAUCGUUAUCUUAGGGCUGGCCACUCCACUGGAAACGGCAUUAUAUUCCAUCUUUUCUGCUCAGUCUUGGCUUCUAGUCUCCCGAAAAAGAUACAGUGGGGGAUAUAGUGUUUAAGUUUACAUCUACAAGAGUCAUCUUGCCAUUAACACUGAAAUGUGAGUUCUUAACCAGAAGAGCUGAGAAACUUGUAAUCAUUUAGGCAAAACUUACAUACAUACCACAAAGCUUGGCAUUACCACCACACCAGAAGGAUUUUCUUAGGAAAAGCCUUACAGAGAGAUCUGGCUCUCUGUGUGUAGAUAUCUGUGUCAGGAAACAAACCAUUGCUUUCACUUAGAUAGGAGGCAUUGGAAAUGGCUCAGUUAGUGAAAGGACAGAGGAUUGUUUCUGAAGUCAUAAUUGAAUGUAUUUCAGCAGAGCCAAAUAUGGUACCUCACCAAGUCUUAGAACCUGGGAAAUAGCUGUUUUGUGAUGUAAAACAGGAAACUUCAUAACUAAAUCAGAAAAGGAAGGAAGAAAGGGAGGAAGGAAGGGAGGAAGAAACAGAAAGAAAGGGAGGGAGAAAGAAAAAGGAAACGAGGGAGGAUGGAAGGAAAGAGGGCAGGAAGGAAGAAAGAAAAAUAAAUAUGAAAUUUAUCUUUAUAGAUUUUAUUAAUUGAAGGGUCUUUGCAAUGAAUCUCCUCUUUGAAGGUAAUGAUCUCCUUGAUGAGCAGUAAUCUUAAUCUCGUCUAGGGAAUUCUGUUGUUUGUUUUAAAAGCUUAGCACCAGACUUCUUUUAUGAUUUUGCAGUUUAGACAUGAAAUAGAAGGACACAUUAGGCUUGGUGGUGGGUAAAAGUAUUUGUGGCAGAUCCUGACAUAGGACUGACAUUCUUAUCCAAGAUGGUAGCUACUAAAAUAUAGAGAAGGCGAGCCAUAUUCCUAUGCAGCAUCAAUUUAUUGACAAUCAGGGAUUUCCCUAACAGUUUAAUCUUCUUAGUGCAGGAAUAAAAGCUUAUCAUCCUUGAUGAUCAAUAUUUCCCAUAUAUUGAAGAGUCAGCCGCAUCCUUAAGUGGAAGCUGUAGUGGAGUGCAUGCUAAUUUAAAGAUAUAUAAGAAGAGAAAAGUAAUAGGAGUUAAUUCUGAUUAGUAUCAAUUUCAGGAACAGAUCCCCAUGGCACAUCACAGAAUUUAAUCAUACACCUAGAUUUCUUAUUGUCUCUGCCUUAUCCUAACGACAAGGUCUUGGCUUUAUGGAAGGAGAUUAUCCAUUGAAAGGCAUGUCUUUGCCAUGUCAGCACCAUUUGUUCCCUGGGUUUUAUU